GUCGCCGCAGACGCAGACGCAGAAGACGCGCCAGGCUUGGCGAGUCCUCGUUGGCAAAGGUGACCGCGUCAUGUCCCAGUGGGAAGCGGAGAAGCAGGGCCAUUGGACUGACAUCCGCCAUCACUGCAAGCGGGUCUGGAGGAGUGGUGCUGACACGUGCACUGCUAAAGGUGGAUAUGCCCAGGCUUUGUGCGGCCAGCUCGACGACCCGGACUGGGAGGACCGUUCGGCCGGGGGCUGGUACUGGUCCGACAAGGAGGGUCCAGUGGCAAGCUGUCCUUCUCCGAAGGUACUGGUUGGGUGCUGGUGCCAAUCGCACAGCGGCUCCGAGAAAGAGUGCGCUCGGCUCUGGACGGAUGGCAACAGCUGCAAGGCCACGACGGGCCCGGGAAGAGUUGUCCGAGUUUAUUCCUAUAUCCAGAUCAUCGCCCGUUGCGCGGACAUCCGGUCAUCGGCCCUCAUUCUCACUGGCAUCAACCUAACGCGGGUAGUCUCGCACAGCUUGCUCCAGGAUGUGCCUGCGAAGAACGACGCCACGGUCAUGUCAAAGUCCUUCCGGUAUGUGCACUUGUUCCAGCAAUGCGAUGCCCUGCUGCUCAUGGGUGGGAUGGGGGUGGAGACCUGUUCUCGGCCGACGUACCGAGAGCCAAGCUCCCAUGUGUGGCGCGGGAAGCGGCCCCUACCCUCCAGCUUCCUGCAUGGCACCGAGCUGAACGUCGGGUGUUGGCAGGAGCGCUAUCAGUCCUUCCGUGCAGGCCAUCGCUAUGCUCAAGAAACCCUGAAAUGUGUGAAUGGAGACUGGUUCAACUCUUUGCAGCUUCCGGAACUCACAGCCUUCUCUUGUGAGCCCUGCGUGCAAGUCGCUGGGAAGGGUUACACCAACUACGUGAAGAGGAACCAGCAAGAGCUCUACUACUUCAGCCGGAUGGCGAUGCUCGUGUACACGGAAUUGGGUUCUUUGGCCGCCACCCAUGGUGCCGCGCAGAAGUACUGCCUCAUGAAGGGCAUUGGCGGAAAUUCCUCAGGUGGCAAGAUGACGCUCUUGGCUGCAUCCGGGUGUCCCGAAAUCCUGGCUAUGGAAGUUGUGGGCUCGGCCGAAGUCGAGGAUCGCAUGAUGGCUCUGCUGGACUUUGGCAUCCCGGACCACGGCUUCUGUCUGGAAGCAGUUCCUGGGGGCGAUGGCAUUAGCCCCAGCCUGGACUACAAGAAAUGCAAUAUGGAGAGCCAGCAGCAGCUUAUUUCGCCUAUGGCUGUACCCGGUGUUCUCUGGGACAUGCAUAAGGAAGCAGACCGCACUCACGGCGAGGAUUUCCACAAGGCCUACGGCUCCUAUUGUGGAGCCCACGGAGCUCUGGCCUCGCUCGCCUUCGGGCAGGUCUUCGGAGGAGACACCUCAGGGCUGAAGUCAACGUGCCACUUCGCGCCAGUGAUCAUGUUCGGAGAGUUCUUGGACACGACCAUCACCUACGACAAGCGAAGCACGAACUGGCCCGAGUGGAACACGCUCCUUGCCGAUUCGCCGGUUCUCUGCCCAGAAGGAGAAGCUCUCACCGGCUUCAAGCUUUUACCUGCACGCAACAUCUUCCGGUACGAGUGCAGCCGUAUCGGAGGCUUGGGCCAGACCUUCGAGUACUUCAGUGCCCAAGUGGAAGUGAAGAAGUUUGACCAGAGCAGGGCAAACUACAUUGGCGCACUGCGAAUGAUCAAGGUGGACUGUGGCGCUGAUGCCCUGCUCAGCGGCUUCCACUUCGAAUUCUCCGAGGGCGGACGCUGGGCUCGCUCCAAGUACACUUGUGCGAAAGCCGGUGGUGCUCCCGUUGUCAUGGAGCCCUCCACGACUAUCGAAAGCAUGACGCAAGCACCGGAAGGUAUCUUCUGUCCCCUGGAGCCAGAUGCCCACACCGGACGGUACAAGUACGUAAAUGCACUCACGGGCGACGCCUUGUCCUUCGAGCGGAACGGCGAGUGGUGUGUGGGUCCUGACUGCUCGGCUCCCGUUGGCGGUGCCACCCCCGUCGGUGUCGUGAUGACCAUGCUGGAGGUCCAUAAUGUCACCAACUUCGAUGGGCACUUCGAGGGAAAGGGUGUCCCUUCCAUGGAAGCAGGGGGAAUGGACGACCUGGCGAAGAUGCUCAAGGCGAUUAAGCCGCCGAAGAGGCCAGCGCAGCCGGCCAAGCCCAAGCUACAGGAAUUCAAGGCAGAGAUGCCCAAGUACGCAGACGAGUGCCUUGACUACGGCGAAUUAUGGAACAAGCUCACCGAGACACACACCAACGCGGACAAGGAGGAGAUCGUGGAGGAGUCGAAGCUCGAGCCUGAUGUCGGCACCGUCGAUGCCGAGCUGCCAGAUGUCCACCCCUGCCAGAUAAUGCAGGACACCGGCUUUGGCAUCUUUGGCAGGCUAGGGCAUGGUGAUGGCAAGCAAUCGCCUCCCAACCUUUUGUACAAGGAUUGGAUCCAGUGCAUGCAAGGGGACAUCAAUCGCGAUAUGCUCGCCGGCUACAUGCAGUUCGGCAACAGCCUCUACCACAGCAUCGCCAAUCAGCUGCAUGAUCAUGCGGUGCUGGUCUGUGCCGCCAUUCCCAGCGUUGUUGCGGCCCCAUUGGGCGUCGGUGUCGAGCCCCAGCCGCAGAAGAUCUGUGCCGAAGUUACAGACCUUGUACGAACAAUAGUAGACCUUCCCUUUGACAUCUCCAAGACGGCAGUGGACUUCCAAAUUGAGAGGGAAGGAUACCUGGCCUGCAACCCCUACGAGGCUGGCUUUGCACGGCUCUUCUGUGACAUCCACUGCGUGCGUGAUGCCGUCAUCCGUGGCGACCGCACAAUUCUACGGAACUUGGAACAGGCUACCAAGAUCUCCAAUGACAACAUGAGGAAGAUGGUGGAGUGGUCCACGGAAGCAACAAGGACGGAGACAGAAUACCUGGACAAGAAGAUUGACCACUCUCUCAAGAUCAACACCAUCUACUUGCACCACAUUGCCAAGAACACACAGCCCAAAGAAGAGGAGCUAUUGCAGAACGCAGUCACUGCCACGGGGUCCAUGCUUGCUGAGCUCAAGGGCUUUGCCGAGAUCUCCUCCUUGGGCGUCUCCCGCGUUGCUGCCGGGGAUGCUCUGACAAGGUUCCUUGCUGCCGCGGAGCCUCUGGUCGAGAGCAACUCCACGCGCACGGGCCAGGUGCAGAAGUUCCAGAACCUGAUGUCUGACCUUCAUCAGACGAUGCGGGCAUCCGCGGGUGGACUCACGAAGGCCCAGGCCGUGGGACGGCAAGUCGCCAGCGAGGCUCGGCAGCUGCAGGACCGAACGCGCCGGCAAGCACAGGUCUUGGGCAUUUAUCGGGCGCACAGCCGCGCCGCACACAAGGCGGCAAAGUCCUGGGCGCGAUUCGCCGACGCAGAGCAGACCCUGGUGACAUUGGACAAGUUGUGGUGGCGCAUCCGGGACAGGCUGGACCGCUACAUCGACGUCGCCGGGGAUGAGAUCAGUCAGCUUGAGCUGUCCAUCACGGCGCUAGCCGAGUACGAGAAUUGCAAAGCAGGCACCUUGGACCUUCUCCAGUCAUAUUCCUCCGGCAUGAAGUCGAUGCGCCGGAGCCGCGCUCAACUUCGAGUCGUGUGGCGUGAGACAUCCAACUUGAUGGGCGAACUUGCGGCGAUCAUCAGCGACGGCGACGUCUUCGGGCGCCUCAUGGCUGCUGAGGGCUGUAAGUCCGCCUUGGUGGCGUGA